GACAGGUCUGUCUCCUGACCCACACGCAGCCGACCUCGUUGUCAUCUGCCAGGCCCGUAAUCUGCCAUGGGCCCCCGUACCGACUCCUCAUGCUGCUGCCAGGCCCGUAAUCUGUCAUGGGCCCCUGUACCGCCUCCUCAUGCUGCUGCCAGGUCCAGAGUGUGUCAUGGGUCCCUGUACGGCCUCCCAUUGCUGCUGUCUCCAUCGCCACACUCUGCCAUGUGCCACUUUCAGGUCUCCUCACACUGCUGGUGGGUUCCAUUUUGUCAUAGGGUGCUGGCAGAUUACGGGCCUCCUAUUGCUGCUGCCAGGCCCGUAAUCUGCCAUGGGCCCCCGUACCGACUCCUCAUGCUGCUGCCAGGCCCGUAAUCUGUCAUGGGCCCCUGUACCGCCUCCUCAUGCUGCUGCCAGGUCCAGAGUGUGUCAUGGGUCCCUGUACGGCCUCCCAUUGCUGCUGCCAGGCCCGUAAUCUGCCAUGGGCCCCCGUACCGACUCCUCAUGCUGCUGCCA